AUGCAAGAUCCAGCAUUAGAAACAGAGCUAUCUUCAACUUUUCCACCACCGCCAAGACAUUAUAAAUUAUUUACCCAAAAGAAUCUGGAUGCUUUUAAAGAAAAAAAAUAUGAUUCUAUCUGUGAUUUGGAUAAUUUGAAUGUCUAUGAUGUAGAGAGUACAUGUAGUCCUAAGUUAGAGAGGUUCUUUACACCACCGAAAGCACCUACUAAAGGAUUUUACCGGUGUUUCCAUGAGCAGUGGAAAAUUCCUGAUGAAUUGCCGUCACUCUCUGAUUUUGGCAUCCAAGAACUUUUUGAUUCAAAUAAUGGCCCACUUUGUGCACAAAAACGUAUAUAUGAACUAAAAAAAAUGUUAAAAAGUCUUUUACUUAAUUUCCUUGAGUUAAUUGGGAUUAUGUCAAUUGCACCUGAACAGUUUGUCGAAAAAGUAGAACAUAUUCGAAUUAUAUUGUUAAAUAUGCAUCAUCUUAUUAAUGAACAUAGACCUCAUCAUGCCCGGUAUACAUUGUGUCGCCUUGUAGAAAAACAAGUUCAAGAAGAAAAAGAACAAUUGCUUGCUUGUGAAGAAGUUUGUAACGAUAUAAAGGAUGUGAUUCAUGCGUAUGAAAUUGCCUAUUGA